AUGAUUCAACCACCACCUCACGAAGAGAAAUCUCAACUCGACCCUAACACCAUCAUGGUCCAUAUAGAUUACCUUCACAAGAAUCAAGUGGAUAUUAAAGCCUCUCAAAGUGUUGUUGCGGAAAAUGAUACCAAACAUUAUGAACAACAACAUCAAGAAGAGGAUUUGAAGAUAAUUAUUCCUCAAUCCGAAAGUAUUCCUUAUGUAUUUCCUCAUCCAACAACAACAACAUUGGAAGUGGAAACUUCAAGAAUUUCUUCUCCACGCGCAUCUUCAUCCCUCUCAAGAUUAUUCCUAAAGAAGAAGAAGCGAGAAGAAGCAUUUGCACCAAAAUUCAAUCCAUUGAAUUAUCGAGUGCUGUAUGAGGAAUUGAUGCAAUGUGAGGCUGCUCGUGAACAUUUUCAACACUAUCUCAAAUCGGUUCAUAAUGAAGAGCCUCUCCUCUUUCUCAAUGCCCUUAAUGAAUACAAACAAGAGUAUGCACGAGUGAGGGCAGAGAUGACUGCACUCGUGCAUCGACGAUCUUCAUGCUACGAUGAUGCUAGCAUGUUUUCAAGCACAACUUCAACAGUGUCUGUAUCAACUGUACUAGCCUCUACUCCAACCUCGAAAUCUCAAUUCAGUGGCCCAGUUGAGGAAGAAUCAUGUAGCUCAAGUAGACGCAACUCUUCAUGUCCGUCUUCACCUUCGUCUCCAACUUCCCCCACGCGCUUGAAUCAUCAUCCUUGUAAAUUUCGUCUCCUUUCUCAAAAACUUCAUCAAUGUUCUUGGGGUAACAAGCUUCACACAACGACCUUGGACGAAGAAGCCACGAUUUUCAAACGAGUCAUGCUGCUAUGGGAGAAACUAAAUGAAAUUUCUGACUUGUUCAUUGCACCCUCCAGCAAGUAUGAAUUGAAUCUUUCCAAAAAGCACUCGGAACCCUUAGUGAAUGCUUUUUCUGAUAUUGCAAGCUUGUUGAAUGCCAUUCGUCCCUUCUUGUCCAUAAUGCCUUCCUCUCCAAGCAAGCUCAGCAAAGAAAAACGAAACUCUUCAAACAGCAAUGUGGCAGCUGCUAUUUUAGAAUUGAGACGAAAUAGUGAAGCUUCCACUCGGUCUUCACAUACGAGUGCAAGCUCUGGUUCUGGUGUAUCGAGUGAGGAUCAAGUUGUGGAUUAUGAAGACAAUAUCUUUUACAGCCCAUGCAGAAUUCUUGAAAGAAUGAAUCCAGAUCUGUUGUUUACCUCUAUUGAAUUUCAAGUGAAUUUAGAUUUAUCAAUGGAUCAACUUCCACGUUAUGCUCGCUCGAAAGAGUUGUUCACAUUUCUUGAAGAGAAGGGAGAAGAUUUUACGAGAUCGAUCGCGUUGGAUAUUUCUAAAGGUUCCCAUUGGGAUAUUCGAUUCAAAUACAAUGAUUUUCAUUCUCCCUUUAUUACCGAUCGCGACAUUUACUUUGCUUACAUGCUCUCUAAAGAUACACCAGAUUGGGAAGAGUUGUCCUUCUCAAGCCAUCCGAAUCUAUUGCAAACAUUCUUUUCGAAAACAUCCCAUACCAUUGGGCAGGAGAAAAUGAAAGGUUUAAGGUUAUUUAAGAUGGUCUUACAUUUACCCUAUAAUAUCGAGGAUGUAUGGGCAUGUUAUUGUGACGUCAACUGUCGUUUGGAAGUUGAUUUUAAUUUGGGUGACGAUUUACGUUUGGAUGAUUAUCUUUCACCAGUCCUUCCAAACACUCCUGAAUUGUUGACCAGCACUCCAACGACUGCUCACAACCACAGCAACCACAGUCCCCUCUCAUUACAAUUUGGUUCAGGCACACUCGAUCCUAAACUUCCGUUUGUGAAAACAAGAUUCUUUCCUUUCGUAAUGACAUCGAUCAAAGAUCCACAUACAGAGGGUUAUGUGGUUGUUGGCCACACCAGAUCUCUACAAGAUCCUAUGGGCCUUAAUAUCAACAAUAAGGAAGUAGCUUCUUCUCUUUUUCAUUACAUGCUCUUUCCGUUGGGUGACCAUUCUACUCGAUUGGUUCACACAUCGUACACUGAUUUUCUUUUACCAAUGGAUUCUAAGAGUAUUGGAAGAGCAAUUUGGAAGAAACGAUGUAAAAUGUUACAAAAUGGAUUUCAUAAGGUUCUGAAAGAAAGGACCAUGGGCGGAACAAAACAUGUGGAAUUGUCUCGAGUCCAUGACAACAUGAAAUACUUCCAAUGUGUGAAAGAUAAUUCAGAAAGAUUUAAAAAUCGUUCCUGGUUUUUGGAAUUUGAAUCUCUUUCGAAUUGUAGUAACAACAACAAUGAAACAAUAACCUAG